AUGGGAAGGGCUCCCCGCGAGGUAGGCGGCUGCGUCGCUCUGCCUUUGGAAUUGCCUAGAACAGCAUCUUUCCCCCGAACAGCCACUCACUACCUCUACCUGAAACCUCACGACCCCAAAGUCCCCGACGAAGACGCACCCAGAUCUUUGUUCUUGGUCAACGUGCCCGUGUGCGCUACCGAAAAGUCCCUGAGACAUCUAUUCACGACGCAGCUUCAAGGUGGACGUAUACAGAAAGUCUACUUUUCCGAGAAUGCUCCAGGCAGACAACCCGCCUCCGCCACGAAAUCAAGUCGGAAGCGCAAAAGAAUGACUGCUGAAGAAAUCGAGGCUGGACUGGACACGUACUCCCUCCCCCGCGUGUUCGACAGCGAAAUCCAAAAGAGUGGCGCGUCUGCGAUUGUUGUUUUUGUGGACAAACCUAGUAUGGAACUCACGCUCAAAAGUGCCCAACGAGCCGCAAAGGCGGGCACGCCGAUCGCGUGGGAAGACAUGGAAGACGCCGGGUUCAACGAGGUGCCGCGCCUCGGGCUGCCGAGAUACGAACACCACAAAUCACUACAAUACCCCUCGCGCAAGGACCUUCUGCGCUCAGUCAACGCAUACAUGACUGCCUACGCCCAGCUUGAGGAGUCGCGGUCUCGCGAAAACGCACGCAAACGCGCAGUCCCCGACGACGAUGGCUUUAUUACUGUCACACGAGGAUCAAGAGGUAGUGCACGGGUCGACGAAGCCAAGGAAUCGGCGGAAAGACACAAGGAGAAAGCCACAGCAUUGGAGGACUUUUAUCGCUUCCAGAUGCGCGAGAAACGGAAGCAGGAGCAAGAGGAGAUGGUGAAGCGGUUCGAGGAGGACAAGAAGAAAGUCGAGGAGAUGAGGGCGAGGAGGGGCAAACUGGAAAUCAGCGCAGGCUGA